AUGCCUACUCCACACAGCCAAGCAACCCACCCCGCCGGGAUACUCUUCUCGAGUACCGGCGAUUGCAAAAAGCACGGUAAUUGCGAGAUAGCGUUUGAAAAGCAGAAGCCGGUCACAUUACAAGAGAAUGCCCUCGUUCAGCUGGACACGAUGAAAAUAAAACCAGCCGAUACGAAAUACGCCGCCCUCCUUCUCACAAAUUCUAGCAAGGCCUCAGCCAACUCGAUUUCUAGACGCAGAAAUGAAGCUGGCGUCAAUAUUACCAAAAUUCAAACACGCUUCGACCCACCUCAUGUGGAUAUCUUUUCUUCGAAAAUCAAGGGGAAACAAAAUAAAAGAUCCCAUUUCGGCAAACCCCCUGAUGAAACCAGCCAAUUUAUUGCUCUGACGGCUUCAUCACCGAUGGAUAUUAGCUUGCUUUCUGUUUGCUUCAGAUCAAGUAAAACUAAGCGCUUUCGGCAGACGACUUCUACGUUAUGGAAAUUGCCAACCAGUAAUGAGAUCAACGCAGAGUUCUCUGAUCCCAAAAGAAUUUAUCAUGAUCCUGAAGCACGGCAAAUUUCUGCUCCCAAGCAGGAUCUCAGGUCGGAGCAGGCUUCAAGCACACAAAGAACUGUCGCUAAAUAUAACGAACAGUUGCAAGCUGUGGCAAACGGAGCUGGCGAGAAAUUGUAUCAUGGACACAAAAAGAAUUCUUCGCCACACAACGAAAUGAAGCGAGAAGCCAAUCAAGAUGCUGUUUCAUUGGCUGUGCUUGAACCGGCCCUUUCUCGUCAAGGUCUGAAAGAGGUGGGCGCGGUUACAAAGUCGCUCCGCAAAAUUAUACCGCUUGAAUUGAUCCAGCACUUAGGGGAGGAUAGCAGGAGAUGCCCAGCUUGGACAAUUCAGGGCAAGAGAUGCAAACGUCAUCUUCCUAUUAGAUCUAUUUCAGCGCAACUCCAAAGCCUGGCCGCCUUGAAACCAAACGAACUUCUACAUGCAACUCAAGAUCUGAUAGAAGUAGUUUUCUGUGAUUCACAUCGAAAGGUCGCAUUUAAAGAGAUUCAAGUCUGGAAAGAAGAGUUCCAAGAGCUCUCAAGCAUCCAUGAUUAUGAAUCUAUUUUCCUAGUGAAAAAUGAACGUUUAUGGGCUCUUAUUCGCUGGGUUCGUCUGUUAGAGCGGGCGACACUGUCUCAACCAUCACUGUCCUCCUUCCUGCAACCCACAGCGAGCAAAGUUGUACAAGUAGAACCGCUUAUGAUCAACCCCAUCCAAGAAUUCGACCCUUACAUCAGUAAAAGCUUUUCGGGAACAACAUCUGAAGAGCUUGCAAUACUGCUAACCAGGCCUCUCGGACCAAGCGAUCUCAAAUAUCAGGGCUCGAUGUACAUUUUCUGGCAACGCGGAAACUUCGGCCAUUUGAAAAUUGGGCGGUCCGGAAACGUACCCUGCCGUCUAAAGCAAUGGAAUAAACAGUGCAAAAAAACUAUGGAAGUUUUUUUUCCGGAACCGGUGAAGAACAGCGACGAGAAGAUAUCCGAUUUACAACAGGUUCCACACGUAUCGCGCGUUGAAGCUCUGGUACAUCUGGAAUUGAUUCGUUUCAGAAAAAUCGAGAAAAAAUGCCCUGGUUGUUCUAAAUCACACCGGGAGUGGUUUGAGGUCCCCAAGGAUAUUGCAAUAGGGGUUGUCCGCAAGUGGUCCGCUUGGAUUAAUACACUGCCAUAUGAGAAGCAGAUGAAAGAUGGCAACGAGCAGUGGAUUCUGAGAAGUGAGGAAAAGAAAAAUAUAGAUAAGCUGUGUCGCACAGGGAUAUAUUGUUCAAUUCCAUGCUUGCCUGCUGUCAAAGAAAAGAAGCGCUCUCGCCCUCGCCCUCGCCCUCGACAUUCGCUUUAA